CUGCAUUUCAAAAUUGCAUUUUAUUCUGUUUGCCGCAUAUAAUUAUUUUCUUUAAAAUAGAUAAAUAAAGUAAAUCACGUGCAGUUUGUUAUAUUUAUUGAUUUUAAAUAGUGAAAAUAGUGUAUUAGAACGAAUGUAUAUACAUUGUUUAUACAUGUAGAUACAUAUGCGAUCUAGCAUUGUGAAAGUACAUAAUACAAAUUGAAAGAUAACUAUGCACGGGGCCAUAUUUAUUUUUUCACCGUAAAUAUUAAAUAUGACAAACUCAAAAACAAGAAAAACUAGUAAAUCUUGUAAAGAUGCUGUCUGUAAUGAUAACAUUACUGAUUUAAAUAGUGACGCAGCUGAUGAUGCAGUACACGAAAUUGAAAACGGGCAUUGGAUGGAAUCUAUAGACAAUGAAUGUUUAGCGGGCUAUUUAACUGAUGAUAAAUACAGCAACCAUGAUGAUAGCGAAGAUGCAGACGAAAUUAUCAAUGAUGGUGAUACAAGUACGUCGUUCAGCUUGCAAGAGUGUAUGAAUGAAUUUCGAGCACGUAGAAUUCGCCGUACAUCUUUAUCUCACCAUCGUCAAGAUUCUGAAAAGAGCGGCGUUAAAAGCACCAAACCUCAAGAAGCAAGUGAACUGGAUUUGAUUAAUCAAAAUUUGUGCAAUAAAGAACAGGAACGUAAAUGUAAACCAUGCCAAAAUGGAUUCUGCUAUUGCUUUACAAGUGAUAGUGGAGAUGGUGGCGGUAAUUUGUGUGAUUCUUAUACAACUCGAGGUAAUCAGUCGAGAAACCCUCGACGAAAUAGACGUUCGGAAUGUAGUCAGUUUUCAAAUACGGUCAAUAGAAAUGCAAAGACACAAAAAUCAAAAGAAAAAAUUAAAGAUGGUACUUCACAUCUAAAGAAGAACCAAGAAACUAAAACAGAUUCAAGUUGUAUAAAAAGUACUAAACCUGAAAGAAAUCAAUUAACAGCUAUAAGUAGUCUUGAAACUGGAACAAACGAUGCUCCCCUUAUACACAUAAUACAGGAACUUCGUAAUAAUUGUGUUAUAUCUAAAGUAAGAGUAAACAAAGAUAAGUUACAUCCAAUUAAGUCUCAAAACAAUUUGAGCUCGAAUGGAAAUAAAGUUCACACAGUAACACAUAAAACAGCUCAUUUCAACGACCAGAAGAAACAAAAUAAAUCCGAUAUUAAUGACAAGAGGUUAUUUUACAGAUUUAGUUCGGAAAAACACACUCCGACAGCACCUACUUUAGAAAAGCUUUCAGAGUUUGAUAGUACGCCAAAAACAGAUGAGUUUCAAUCGACGCCAGUAGAAACGAUUAAAAAAUGUACCAAAUGCUCUGAAAGUCGUAGAAGUGCCGGAGGCCAGUUGUUGCAGAAACGUUUGUCGAAUACACAAUUUACCUACAAGGCUAGAAAUAUUAAACAGGCUCCACCAAAGCCACCAAGAAGUUCUCUUACUUACGAUGAUAAAUAUUUUAGAUCUGACUCGACUUCUCCAUCAGUACGAGAAGCUGAACGUGUGGUAGAUGAUUUUUUAAAACGAAAAGGCUUAGUAGCAACUGUUGGCAACAGUAAUAGAAACGAAACAAAAAUAAUAAAAGGUCCGGAGAAAAAGAACACAAAUAAUGUUGAUCAUUUUAAAAGGAAAUCCUAUCCAUUGACUCCAAAGGACACAGAAAUUCGAACAGAAAACGUUCUUUCUACAUAUCCAUCUUUAAGCGAUAUGAAAAAAAUGGUAGAAUCUAAAAAAUCAACACUUUGUGAUAAAAAUAUUAGACCAGUGGAGAAAACUGCAGCAAAGGUAAUCAGCAUUGGUUGGAAUGAAUCCAAGAUAAACGAUAUGCUGAAUUAUGAUGCAAAUAUGAAAAAAGGUUUUCAUUCAACUGCUACACAAGCUCAACCACAACAACGGCCUGGUUGUGAUAUAAUAGGUAAUGAAAAUACAAUAGGAUGGCAAAUCCCGCCUAGAAUAAAUUUGGAUACUGUUGAUGGAAUUGAUCGUCAUAAUUUAGCUUCAAACUUAGAAAAUAAGAACACACCAUUAAAAAUAAAGUUAAUAGAUUCAUCGGAAAAAAACAAGGAUGCAUCACGAACUCAAAAGUUCAUUUGGUCCGAACAGUUACGACAAUUAUCACCUUGGACCAACAAACAAAACAUGAAUGAUACCAAUGAUAGCAAAUUGAAUUUGCGUUCUAGCUCAAAGGCUUUUAUUAAAUCAUCAAAAAAGAAAUUUUUAAGACUUGUAUCCCCCAAAAAAGAAAAUAGGGAACGAAGUAGCGAUAAAAUACGAAAAACACCUUAUCGUAAUGUUGGUGUUCAGACAUCAUGCGACGAUGAUUCCCGUCGCCAACUUAAUAUUGGUAGUACAUACGAACAUAGUUCUAGCCUGCAAUCUCCCCCCGGAAGCUACCAUUCACCCGUACAAUCUUCUCAUAUUCAGUCUCCAUCUUCAACAACACAGUCUCAAAACACUACACCAAAUGGGGCUGACAACCCAUUAAGUCAUUUUGAUUUUACCCGAACAGUUCAUUCGCCACCAAAAAAAGCUCCCCGCUCUAGUCAAAGAAAAUUAAAUUUUCCCAUAAAUUGUACUCUUGCCGCAAAAGAUGAAGCUUUUUCAAAUGAGAAAAAAACAUACCGUUCAUUUAAUUCGGAAUUAGAUAAUGAUGUUUCAAUAUCUAAAAUAAGUUAUAUUCUUAGUAAUAUUCGAUCAAAACUGGAGGCUUGUGAUGAACAUGCAGUUCGAACAUUUAGGGAAACGGAUUGUACCGCUGACCAAAGCUUGUCUGGCUUUGAUUGCCCAGAUGGUCGGCAUAGUAAACAGAUUGCGGAAAGAUUCGAAAAUCACGAGCAUAUGCUAGCCCCCAGAACUCAUGAAGAUCAUUUCAACGAUCCCAUAUAUUCAGAAAUUGAAGAUGAUAGUGUUCAUAUAUCAGAGAGUCCAAACUUUGACAAUCACACCGGGAUUCAACAUUUCACUGCAGCAGAUAAUCCCGAAAUAUUGUAUGCGAAAGUUAAUAAAAGUACUAAACACGUGUUUGACAGAAACAAGGUUCAAUUAAAGGAAAAAAAGCCACAUAUACCGUUGGCAAAAAUCAUGCAGGAUUCUUUGAAAAGUAAGAAAAUAACAUCAAAUAUUACCCCAUUACCACCACUUCCAGAACCCUCUGCAGAAGAAAGUGUUUCAUAUUCAUCACCAACAUCAGUAGGAAUGCCUCUGUCACAUUGUCAGUCAUUAAAUAAUGUAAGAGUAAUGGAGCAUAAUUCACCACCGAAAAAACAACGAAAUUAUAGCAAAUCUGAUUUAUCUCUUCAUCGUAGUGAAAUAUUUUUAGACAAUUUGUGUAGAAGUGAAUUAGUGGUGCAUACAACUGAUGGAGUAAAGAUACAAAACGAUAAUAAAAAUAUGUCAAAUCGUUCGUAUGUUCCUAUGACUCAACCAACACCUAAUGACGUAAGUAGAUCAUCGGACAAUGAUCAAGUGGAUCAUAAUGACACCGUUUCUUAUGAAUUACCAAAUGAUGAUGUCGAUGGUGUUACUGAAUCUAUUGAUGAAGAUAAUUCUACAACUGCUGGCAGUAAUUUGGGUUUAAGUACAAUUAUUCCCCCAUCAUCUCACAACCAGAGUACACCCAAGAAGCAAUCCUUUACGACAAAGGAUAAGUCCAUAACGAGCGAAUUAAAUGUUGACGUAGAUACAAUUAACAUCAAUGAUCAGUUAUGCAAUAGUUGUCCAAAUACACCGCACAAACAAAACGAUGUACUUAGAGCUGACCAAAGACUUCCAAUGCAUUGUCAUAGCAUGAAUGAGGUAUCUGAGUAUGAGGCCGUAGAACAUUCAAAUGCAAAAACAACCAACACGUUGGGACGAUACAAAAACUUGAAAAACGUCUUGCAAAAGUCUUUUCGAAAAAGCAAAACAUUUAUUAAGACAGAAGGCAAGCGUUUAUCCACUUUGAAUUUCGCUACAAAUAAUGCAACUACAAGCCCAACUUUAGGCCGUGGGAAAAAUACAUAUACUGAUUCGAAUCUUAAUAUUGAAGCCCUAUUUUCCCUAAAUGAAUGCGCAUCGGUUAGUGAACAAAUAGCUCAAACCGUAAGCAUUUGUCGGAAAUUGCCCGAUUUGGAAAUAUCAACGGAAAUGGUUGAGGCUGAACGACUAUUAUUAUUUUCUGCUUUACGUCGAGAAAUUCAACUGAGCACGUCAUCACUAGUAACAGGGAGUCAAACGAUGAAUCAAAAACCAAGAAUGCGUUUCUUUAUUGAUGAAAUGUUUUUGCCUGUACUUUCGGAUGUUAAUCAGGACAUAUUUUUUAAUUAUUUUUAUAUUGUUACCUUUGAAUGCGGCGGUGUCAUAAAAUCCACUCAAUCGGCUGAGUGUGUGAAUGGUACAGCAGUCUUUCGAGACUGUGGUGUUGAAUUUAUGGUUUUAUCGGAAUUGGAAACUAAUACACAUAAUGAACGUUCAUAUAAGCAGAAUGCUGUAAAGUGUAACAUUUUUAUGCUUCGUUUACGUAAAAUAUCUACAAUUUCAAUCGAACCCCGGAAAAGAAUAAUAAUUGAUGCUUUAACACAAAGUCCAUCAUCAACAUUGACGUCAAGAUCUUCAUCCUCAUCCUGCUCUAAUGAAGUAGUUUCCAGAUUCCGUUUACAUGCGUCUUUUAAUAUUGACGCUAGUGAUUUUGUACCUUACGAGUAUGUACAUCCAGAGUCGAACAAUUCUGACCGGAUUUGCAUCCGAGCUUCAGGAAUUUGUGCAAUAGCUUUAACUCAUCGAACAAAGUCUACAAAUUUGUCUGGACAAGUACAAUUGAAAGGAAGAGCAGAAGUGCGUUUUCCCAAAAGCGUCUUUGCUGGUUUCUUAAAUGUUGAAGAUCCCUACUCACAACACAAUUGGAAUCGUCGAUGGUGUACAUUAGACGGCCUCUUCUUGUAUGUGUGGCAAGAUGAAAACACUUUGAAUAAGAGACCUAUUUUAACCCUAGAUUUAAGAUGUAGUAAUCGUAAUACAAAUUACCCUUUGACCUGUUCACCAAGAGAAUUAUGCGCACGUGCACGUUCUUUUUGUUUAGAGUGCACAAUACAUAAAACUUGCGAUGAUAUGUGCACUGCAACUGUAUUUUUUGCGGCGGAAACACAAGAAAAUUUAGAUGAUUGGUUAAAGAAUUUAAAUAUAGUACUGGAAUUUAUUAUAACGUGGCUUUAAUAAAUAUAAAAUAAAUAUUGCUUAACAUAUCAGAAAAUGGGUCAAAUAAAA